AUGGCGAAUUCAGAGUGCAGAGAGGGUGUGCCCUCUGCCCUGCUGACGGCUGUCGCCCGACUGGCCUUCACCGCAUCACAGCCCCAUCGUCGCCGACUCUUCCCCCGCCUCUUCUUCCUCUCACUCACCGUCGCCCUCUGCAAUCAGUACACUGCCUGGUGGGCCGUGCCCGCGGCGAAGGCUACAGAGGUCGUCAUUGUCGAGGCGAACAGCGGAGGCAAGGGCGCGAAACCGAAAACCACCUCGCGUCAGGCCCGACUGGCGCUAAACCAAAGACCUUCAAGGCUAUACAAGGCCCCCCCGUCUCCCGCCCAGCCGCCGCUGCGCACCGUCCACCUCAAUAACCCCUCGGAGGUCCCGAAGACUAUGAGGGCGACAAUGCAGCCCUCGACCACAGCCAGCAUUGCUUACACGCCCUACUUCCGCGAACACCACAGGAGUGACGAGAGCAACAGUGAGGGCAACGAUGAAGGGGUAGGCAACAAGCUCCAGAAGAAGCGGAGAAAGGGAGCACACAUGGACCAGCCCACGUUCGUCAUGGCGAGCAUGUCCGCACCAGAGGGUGUCCGCACGCGGUGGUGGCCCGCCGACCUCAGCCGGCCGACGCUGUACAAUCUCGCGGUCACGCUUGCGCUGGGCGACAACCUUGGUACCAAAUCGUCACAGCGUCGUACACGACUUUGUUUUACUCUCACUCACUUCACCAUCCACCCGUCUACCGCCAUGUCUUCUUUGAACUCGCGCCUCCAGUUCGACAUAUCGACCUUCCUUCCUCCCUUCCGCGAGGUCUGCAAGAACGCCAAGCCGUGUCCCGUACUGCAGAACGGUUGCCUUAACCACCUAACGGUGGUUGAGAUAUCCAGGACGGGAUUAGGGACGUUGUGGAGCCACAAUCUACUCAGUGCCCAAUCCCUCACCAAUCCUGCUCCGAACGACCGCGACAUCGCCGUGGUGCGCCCGUACAUCAACAACAUACUGCCGGAGGACGCACCGCACCGCUUCUUCUUCGUCGGAGGCAUCCAGGCGUGGCACCGGAGUGUUGGAUUCCCGCAUUGUCUUUACCAGAAGGACAAGCUAGCUGUGGUUGAGGUUUUCUUUUACUUCGAGCGGGAUCCCAACGAGUUCCCGGUACGCUUCGAAAUCUACGACGUCGACGAAGAGAGGUUCGUUCCCCUCGCGUCCGUCGACGAACCGAUUCGCAUCGCCCUACCCCUUCGCCACCUAAUCGUCAUCAAGUACGAGCAUAUCCACGGCACUCUCUGGCACCCAUCCUGGGCUAAAGGAAUGCGGCCUGCAAGUCCUCUGGGCGGCAUCCUGGCGGACAUGUACCCCUACCGGUUCCGAGUCAUCUGGCCGGUGGACCUCCCAUAUCCUCGCAGCCGCAUCAACGCCUUGUCCGUGGUCAGGUUCGAUCGGCUCCGCGGAGCUCACGUCUUCACGCCCGCCCAAGGCCAUCGGAGGUGCGCGGUGGAGACGAUGAAUGGUCCGGAGGAUGUGGACGAGGAGGCUCAGAGUUCCGAUGGUAGGAUGGCGACUGACGAGAACUAG